AUCUCCGACUCGAUUUACAAACGGGUUAACCUGAAUACGCCAUAUAUGGAAACAGAGUACCGGCUUCCCUGUAGUUGAUACUGAAAAUAUCUGCGUCUCCCACAUCCAAAAAUCGACAAGCCCGCCCGCACCGGCGCGAUGAUGAGCUCGUUCUUCGGGCCGGUGGAUGGGGUACUAGGCCUCGUAAUGGCGUGGCUUCUGAUCUUGUUCCCUAUUGUGGGGUUCUUAGCGGUAAUUGCAGUAUGCCUCUGGAGCCUCUGCGGCGGCGAGCGGGCGGCAGAAGCGAACGCACCCGGACGACGAUUGGGCCGAUUGGCCGAGGUGAUGGCGGCCAUUGAACGGGCGGAGCAGAUGAGGCCGGCGACGGUGGCGCCAGCGCCGGAGCUGAUGGUGGAGCUGGGGUACUUCCCGUACUCGGCGGAGGGCAGGCGGGCGUCGGAGAGGCUGGUGUGCGCGAUCUGCCUGGAGGAGCUCCAGCAGGGACAGGCUUGCAGCGAGGUGCCGGUGUGCCGGCACGUGUUCCACCGGGACUGCAUCGACGCGUGGAUGAAGAGCCAGACCACCUGCCCGUUGUGCAGGCGGAAUAUCGCGGCCGGGUCAGAACGAGUAUCGGCUGCCAUUGACAUGGUUUAGCUUAGCGCGCAAAGAGGUGUCUAGAGGCGCUGAUAUGUUCUUUUAGCCGAUCUUGCUAAAUUUUAUUAAUCAUGAAUAGUGUUUACAGGUACAUAGAUGGGUUCAUAUGUCAUGUCAAGUCAUACAUGGUUCCACCACUAUAGAUAUACU